GUACCAAAAGUGCAAAUGACCCCCGUAAAAAGCCCAAACAAAUCCAGGCCCAAUCCAUUAUACCAAAAACAAAACCGAAAUUCUCUCAUUGGAUCAGAUCAACAGUUUAUUCAAUCUUCAGUUGCUCUCUCCUUUAUCAAAGAGAUCAUAAAUAUGGAUGAAAUUAAGAACAUCAAGAAGUGGAACAUACUGUAUCCAGUUUAUAUAAAUUCGAAGAAGACGAUAGCUGAAGGAAGGAGAAUUUGUGUGACGAAAGCUUGUGAAAACCCUACUUGUACUGAGAUUAGUGAUUGCUGCAACUUCCUCAAGAUUCCUUGCGCAAUCGAGCUUGAUAAGGCGUAUCCACGGGAUUUCAUGCAAAGAGGAAGAGUGAGAAUUUUGCUGAAGCGGGAAGAUGGAACCCCUUAUAAUCCUGCUGUUUCUUCACGGAAACAGUUUAUGAUCCAGGUUGCAGAGUUGGUUCGAAGACAUCCUAAUAGGACUAAGAAGCAGGAGCCUGCAUCCUCUUCUGCAGCUGGUUCUUCAAAAUCUGGCAAGGGAGGUAAAAAGAAGAGAUAGGUUCGGGAGCCAACAUUUGAAUUUCUUCAAACCGAUUAGAGAUCUUAGGUCUGUUUUUGUGGGAAUACUAGUCCCUUCUUUUCGACUUGAUUUUGGGAGAUUUUCCAAAGACUUGUAAAGAAAGGAAAAUGAUGUAUGAGCUAUCCAAGAAUGUGCCAUAUUUGUAUCAUCGAUCUUGACAUUUUUGUUGUU